AUGAGCCUGCACCUAAUCGACAGCCCUGGCUCGGAACAGCGGGACGAAGAGUCUGCAAAGGAAAUCAAGAGAAGGGUAUGGUGGCAUAUUACUGCUACAGACUGGAUGCUGGGUCUCAUGGGAGGGCCCACGGAUGGGACGUACAACGUUCAGCCGCGACAAAUGAAUGUUAAUGAGCCUCGGAACAUCAAUGAUGACGAGGCGAGCCUCUCGAAUAAGGCCAUUAGCAUGCCUUCAGAUACUGCGACGACGAUGAGCUGUUUCAUCCGGCGCAUCCAACUCGCUGGUAUUUCUCGUUCUGUCAUCGAUGCCAGAACACCAGGAGUUCCAGAUGCUGAAAUAACGGACUACGAACAUGUACUCGAGUUAGAUCGUCUGUUUGCAGAUGCUAUUGCCGACUUCCCCCCAUUCCUCCGUCCCGAUGGGCCCAUUCCAGAGACCGCGCCGCCCUAUCUAUCGCUGCAGAGAGAUGUUGUUCUCCUCGGUUUCCUCUCGCGACGCGCUCGAUUACACCGACCAUUCUUGCUCCAUGACAAACAAGAUGCCCAAUACCAGUCAUCGCGAGAGAUAUGUCUGAGCUCAGCCCGGACUGUCCUCGCAAUCGCCACACGUCUACUAAAGGUUUCACAGAUUAGAGAGCCAGUGCAAACCUUCAGCUCGCGAGCAAUCGGUUGCCGUCUAGGCUGUGUUAUCUGUCAUAUGUUCAUGGCGUGUACAAUAUUGGCACUUCACUCAGGAGGCGUCUCAAGUCGUGAGGGCUUAGCAGACGGCAAAGAGUCAUGGUUAGUAUCUGAUGCAUCAGCAGAGCUGCAUGCCGAGGUUGUACAAGCUUGCCGUGCUUUGGCAUUGGCCGGACAAGAAUCGGUGAUUGCUGCGCAGCUUGUUCAGAACCUGACGGGCGUUUUGCGUCGCUAUCGUGUCCAGGGGAUGGAUGACGCUGUCCCAUCAGAGGUAGAAGAUGACAGAGAGUCUGUCGACGCAGGACUCUCGACUGACGAUCCCGAAGCGGUUGCAACGGCUGGACUGAGGACUGUUUAUGAUGAUGGUGGCAGUGCUGAGAAAUCUAGUUUGGCUGGAGAAGACGUCCUCGGUCUUGACAGCCUAUGGAACGAUCUCCUUGGAGACGCCAACACAUUUGGAUGGGAUCAACUUUUUGCAGGACUCGACUCCUAUUGCGGCCCGACCUAG